AUGCCGUUCCUCUAUGAUGGCACCUCUGUGGUGGAGGUGGCUGUUGCACCUGCGGGGUGUAGCGAAGCAUGGACCUGCGUGGUGCAUGUGAUCUCAGCAUCUCACCUGUGCGGUGCUUGGGGUCGCAUCACUGGCGACGUGAUGCUGAUACACCUGCGUGGUGUAUGUCGAAUCACCUGCGUGGUGAUUCAAUGCGAUACACCUGCGUACAUGAGCAGGACAUCUCCGUUCUCACCGAAGCAAGUGGGCAUGCCGUCUGCUGCAGAUGCAUCGGCAGAAGAGGAAGCUUCUGAGGAGGACCGCUCCUCAGACGCUGAGGAUGAAAGGAAUGGGAAGCGAAAGGCGCAGCUGAUGCCAGCGCGGUCACGUUCUGAGGAAGGUGAUCCAGAUGCACCGGGGAAGCCACCUUCCCGGAGGUCCCGUUCCCGCAAGUCUCGGUCCCGCAGGUCCAAGGACCGAAGCCGUGGACGCAGCAGAGCGAGAAAAAAGAAAAAGAAUUCCUCCAAGGAGGAAAAGCAAGAGCGCGAUCGCACCAGGGAUCGUCGUGGUGAGGAUCGUCCCAAUUCUCCGCGGGGCAAACCGCCCCCGAAGCCACAGGAACAGGGUCGUGACGGUUCGAAGCAGUGCGAGAUUUGCAAGACCAAAAUCUCAGCGCACCCCGCGGCCAUUGAUCAACAUCAGUGGCUGAAUGAAUAUUGUCUCGCCUGCCAAGCAUACAACCGAAUGACGCCAACGCAGAGGCAAAAAAGUGACUCAUGGCAGAAAGCCCAAGAGGUGGCGAAGAAAGUCAAAGGUAACAGAACGGAACCGAGUGCCUCUGUUGCCAGGGAGCGGGUGCCUGUGGUGGAUCUGGAGUCCGAAUCGGGAAUGCGUCAGACGCGCUCUGUCGCAGGAUCUCCAGAGGUGCCUCGUGGUCGGGACCGCCAUGGGGAGCCUCGCAAGGAGAAGAAGCGUCGUAAGGAAAGACUGCGGGUCUUUCGUGAUUGCCUGAAAGCAACCACGACCACUCCUGAAGUUCUUCCGGAGGGUGAUGACCUUUGGAAGGAUGGUUGGAGAAUUGUGGUGGAACUGUUGGAUCAAGCAGAAGGCAUGGCGCACUCGCAAGGGCAGCUGGACUGUGCGAAAUAUAUUGAAAGAUGCAAUCGCAUGAUUGAGAAAGUCAUGUCUGAGGAUAUGGCUGGCCUUCCUGACGUCUGUCGUCUCUGGAAUCGGAACACAGACUGGGAUGGGCACUGGCCGCGCUUUCUGGAAAGGGUGGGUGCAUAUCACCUGCAGCAGGUGGAAGAAGCGAUCCCAGCUUUGGAGCAGCUGCGGCUGCGCUGGCAGGAGGAGACUGAAAACAGUCUGCCAGAAGCCUCGUGGUUGUACCAGGCUGAGUGCCAGCUAGAAUCGAUGAGGGAGACGUUGCUGGCUUUGAAUCGGUUAGUGUGCGGACCUUUGUUUUGCAAGGUGGCUUGCGGCAUGGCGGACCGUCGCGUAUGUCGCUUGUGCGGCCUGGAGCAUGCUUCUGCUGCGGGCAGGAUGCAUGGUCGCUCCUUCUUUUGCACUGGUUGCUGGUCAGCAAAAGCGAUGCUGCAGCGCAACUUAGGAGACAGGACUGAACUGAAAGAUUUCAGUCCGGCCGAGACGCAUUCCUUCUUUCGCGCCAUUGCGAAGGAAAAGGAGAAGCAGGGAGGUCGCAUUCAGUGGGUCACCGUGCGGGCCACACUUGUGAGAUCUCUGACAGAUCGCAGGAUCUCCACUUUUCGUGCUACGUGCACCCAAAAGGAGUUACCUCUGUCGGUCUGGGUUAACCAAGGCUGGGACAAGACCCUCGUGGAAGCGUGUCCCAAUCGGUUUUCCGAUGAACUGGGCACGCAAGUGUACGCUGUCCCUGUGCGGGAAUUGUCGUGGGGAGAAGAGUAUGCAAAGAUUGAGGAGCAAGUCCUGCGACAUGAGAGAGAGGGACAGAAAAGCAAAGGUGGAAAAAAGAAGAAGGAUAACGUUGCCAACGCAGAGGCGUCAUCCGAUGGAGAAUUGGAUUUGCCGGCUGCGGAAGGCAGUGUGUCCGAUAAGAAAGGAAAGCCGGAGGUGGACCGCAAGAAGUUGUUGGCGAAGAACGUUGCGUUAGCUGACAAAGCCGCUAAGGCCUUGGGUCCCUUGCAAGGCACGGCCACAGGUGUCUCGAAGUUGCUGGAAAAAGUGGAGAAAAGCGGCUGUGAGAUUCCUGAGGGAAUCAAACAGUCGAAAGAUGAUUGCAUGGGCAAGCUCGAGACCUGGGCGACGGCGGCUCGUGAGUGCAUCAACGUGCAUGAGUCGACCCGCGAGCUGUGGAAGGACGCUGGUGGCGAUCUGCUGCCUUUGACGGCUUUGCCGUUCGAAGGCAAUGAUGUGAAGUUGCUGCUAAAGCAAGCAACGGAAGUGCAGAGCGCAUUGCGUUCCCUGCUGCCCAAAAAGGAGGCGAAGGCGAAGGCGGCGCCCAAGGCCAAUGCUGCGGCGAAAGCGUCGCCCAAGAAGAGGGCAGCUCGCAGCCACGACACUGAGGGCGGUGACAAGCGCCGCAAAACUGGCAAGAGCCCCCCUUGUGUGACAGCCACCGCUGCGCGCCGGAUCAUCGCGCAUCUGCGAGAUGAUGGACAAGGUAAUGUUUUGCAGCCUGAUUUGCAGAGAAAGGCAGCAAUGACGUAUGGAGCCAUUGCGCAGAUGCCCGUGCUUUGGGCUGAUGAUGCUUGGAUGACACUUGCUGUCAUUCGGACUCGCGAAAUGCAGAGCAUCGAAAAUGGCUAUCCGCAGUCGCUUGUUCACUAUUUACGGUGGCUGAGGCAGCAAACCCAGCAUGGCUUCACGCUCGUUCUGAAUGAAGAGCCAACCCUUUGCACCAUUGCCCAAAUCUCUCUGGUUGCUGACGCAGAUGGCUUGCGUUUGCUUACCGGUUGCAAAGGAAGUUCUGCUCUGAAGCCAUGCUUCUUAUGUCAAAAUGUUUUAAACGGACAUGACAAAGUGCAGAACCACGUGCACAUCAGUUGCUGCGAUGUGCAUGCUUGCCACUUGCAAACGCAAGACAAUCUUAUCCACAUCCAACGUCACCUUGAAACCUUGCUGUCUCGCAAGGAAAGAGAAGAAGCGGAAAAACUAUUGGGAUGGCACCUGCAUGCCUUGUCGGCGUCUAUUUUAGUGCAAGAAGAUCUCCGAAACUGGAUUCCAUUAUCAUCCUUGAGGUACGACUCCAUGCACUGCUUCCUGGCAAAUGGCAUAGUGCCUCAAGAAUUGGGGCUCUGGUAUAAUGCUCUUUUGGACAAGACCUCCUGCGACAUCGAUACAGUACGCAGAUACGUUCUGCAAUGCUGGACAGCCUCCAAAGAGUCGAGCUUGGACAUCAACAAAAUUUUCACAAAGAAAAGAUGGCAGAACCAAAGAGACUUCCGCGGAGAUGCAUCUGAAGCUCUGUCAGUGCUACCUUUGAUGGUUGCAUUUUCCUGGGAAGUCAUAGUGCCGGAUUUUCCAGCCAUGCUUCCCCACUGCGAAUGCUUGACGGCGCUGUUGGCGCUGAUAUGCUGCUGGACUGAUGCCAAACGCGGUGGAAACCUUCAACUGAAAAGCAUCGAGAUGAUACGGUUGCAAACAGUUCACCUGAACAAAUUUGUUCGUUUCUUCCGGUCCUGCGUGGACCAACUGCUCAGUGCCAUGCCCUGCAGACAUGGUUUGGCCAAGACGCUUAUGUUGCAACCUCUGUCGAAUGCAAGGGUAUCACGUUUGCUUGUGGUCAAUACAAGAUUCUUUCGGCCCAACAAGCAAUAG